UUCAUGCGAGACUGAAUUGAACGUUCCGCGAAUUACCGUUUCAUAAAUGAAUAUAUCUAAAGUCUAUUAUGCCACAUUUGCAACUGCGCCGAACCACUACUUGGACUUGAAUGCCUCAUUGAUAAAGAGAAAGGUAUAGCAGGCGAACGAAGUUCGUAUAUUAUUUCAUCAAAUGCGUACGAUGUGGAAAGUUGAUAUUCAUUAGUUCAGGAAAAAACAUCCUAAUAUAUCUCGGUAAGAAUAAAACGAGCGAUUCCACGUUUACAAUAGCAAAUGGUAUUCGAAUACGCAUCGCUGAAAUCACCAUAGCAUUCCAACACCAUGAGUACGCACCGUGCGAAUAAUCGGCGCGCCUUUGAAAUUACUCGCCGCUGGCUCGAAAUUGUUGGGCCUUGGAUUAUGGUGGUGGAGUGUUGUGAAAGGAAAACGUGUAACUGGAAUACCGUUCCAAAAUAGAUGAAAGGAAUUCCAUUAAUCUCAUUGUACGUUUUCUACGAUCGAAAUUCAAAUAUCUUUUAACUAAUAUUGUAAUAUUCCUUCCAGAAUGCUGUACGCUCGCGACCUCGAAACAUUGUUAAAUAAAGAAGAGAGGACGAAAGUUGGUUUCAUAAGUUCUCGCGGAUGGUUGUGCCAGUAAAUAUACACAGCCUGUAUGCACAUUAUUAUGCUCGUUGUACACGGAUACGAGGUUGAGACACGCCGUUUAACGGUGAUACUCGCGAUGAACUUGGAAUUGCAUACGUGACGCUUGCGAGACUGCAAUUUGCUUGGAGGAAUUAUUGCGAUUUGUUUCGCUCGAUCAACCCUUUGACUGUUACUGAAUUUCAUUUACAAUUAUAUCUCAAGGACGUGAGGUGAAUCCUGUUACAGAAUUAUUUAUAACAAUUUUUAAUGUAUUUUGCAGCGAAACUCUGGAAGUUUAGAUAACAAGGAAAUAUGAAGGAAACUGACAACUAUGCAAAUCUACGUGAAAUACCAUGAGGAUUUUUUUCAUGGUGUCACAACUGCUUUCCCGUUAGAUGUUGACUCACUGACUGUUUGAUAAAAAAAUUGUUCGUGACUGUCGGAGACUCUCUCUGAGGAUUUUGUUUUCCAACAAGGCUAGUUCUCGUUGAAUUGUCGCCGUUGAUUAUUCGGUAAUGGAUUGUCCGUUUUCCUGGAACCGUUCACUGCUCCUUCACCAUCAGCUGAUAUUUUUACUCGUCACGAAGUAACGGUAUAUGUUGGUCGUCACUUCAGAGCUAGUCAAGAUUCUGUAUUAUUUGUUACACUGUAGCUCUUAAUUGUGAUCUAGCUACUUUGUUAACUACUUCUGUAUAACAAGGUGCCACAUUAAAGGAUUGUUGAACAAAGGUUGUACGUCUGUAAUGCUAAUGCUGCUCCAAAUAGUAUUCAGAAUUCUUAUUCGAGAGCUAUUCGAUACAUUGUACCCGCAUGAACGUCUGCGGGUUGCGGCUUUCAUUAUCAACUGAAAUGAAACUGCAGAUAGAACGCGUGACGAUGCAAAUAGAUAUCGUACUAUUUAUAUCAUCGAACCCAACUGAUAUGCAACCACUUAACCCCAAGAAUGCCAGCUUAUCAGGGGCACAGAAAACAACAGGGAAAGCAUUGACCGACCCAGAACUAUCACUUUCCAAUAGGGUCUAAACUUCAUUGAACUGCGAAUUUGCAUAUCGACGAGCCUUAUUCGUCCACGACGAAAAUCACCGAACCGGCACGCCUUGGAACGAGACAUAUUAAUUAAAUAUCAACUUGCACGGGUUCGGGGCACGGUUCACUGAACGCUAGACACGUUUUUCAGAAAACAACGAGGACUUUUACGGAGGCGCUCAAGUUUCUCAGGCAUUAAGAUCUGGAGAGGGAUCGAGAAAUAAAAAUAUAGCGUAUAAUGACAAGCUGGUGCGUAACGCGAAUUCGCAGCCAGCCGAUACAACUGUUGCAGAAACGGGAUAUGCAAAUGAACAGUUAACUCGAAUCUGAGAUAGUUAUCAGGGAAGAAUGGAGCCUGAUCGUUUGAAGGAAGCGAUGCUGCGAUUUCGAAAUUACUUCCGGUGGCUGUGAGACUGUCCCACGCACCAAUUUCUACGCGUGCCUCUCAAUCGUACUCACGUGACAGUGUAUCUUAAUAAAGCACUACGUGGCCUGGAUACCACGUGUGUUCGCAAUUCUUAUGCAGAAAUUGUGGAAAGUUACCCAAAUUAUUUAACUAAGUGGCACGUUCAUCAGAAGUGUAAUCUAAUUUUUCUGAAAGUUCGUUGAUUUUCAUUUAUUUCUUCUUCUUAUGAAGGUGUCAUGGGGAAGUACGAGGUCAGUGCUGCCCUUUUCAUUAUUCCAUUGAAGUACCCAUGGUGAGGAGAAGUCAAUUAACAUUGCAAAUUACUCGGAGCAGCGUCCAUGGCACGUGGAAAGGUGUCUUAUGCGCUCAUUGAAGUCUCCCAACGUAUCCUCCACCCGAUUGCGAAACAAGUCAAAAAAAUUGUUUCACUAAGAAACGGACUCAUUUCAAGUUUCCAUCAGCGUGUUUGUCAGUUACUCAGAGCCACGGAAUCACUAUUUUUAGCCGGUUAUAUGUGGUAUGCCUACGUUGCAUCCGAGUGUACAAAGCACGCGGGAGAACCCAGUCAGGAAUCACGCUUGUCACGGGAGAGCUCGCGAGUAAAACGUGAUACAUUGCUGAAGAAUCUUAGCGACAGUGACUCACCGCCGGUAUUCAGGAUGAGCUUUCAAACGAGCCUCGUCGAGUCAAGGGAGCUUGACUGAGCAGGUACAGCCUUGUUACUACCGAUGCUACCUUCGACCUCCCACCAGUUUCCUUUCAGAGAAGACAUUCACCUCGUGAAGCCAACUCCCAACCAGGUAUCGCUACCAAUAGCUGCGUUUUACAUGCGAUGUUCGCUUCUACGGCCACGCUGCUUGUUUGCCGAUCGUCCUGUUCAAACGUUUUUCGACAACCUAUGUACCAGCUCCAUCGGUUCACCGACUCUUUGUUCUAUCAAGAUUGUGACUGAGAGACGGCAAAUCUAGAUCCGUUAUCGAGGAAUGUGACUUAGAAAGAUCCAAGAUGAUUCCGUCGGACUGCACCUUAGACAUCUCGAACGUGUUCCACUCUACCGCUGUGGUGAUCGAGGGAAGCUGCUUGAACAAAUCAGAGCCCACUGCGGUGUUGAGAGACGUGUCUGCUCGAGUACACGGUGGAGAAGUACUGGCCAUUCUGGGAUCAAAAGGAUCUGGCAAGAGGGCAUUGCUCGAUGUCAUUGCUGGACGAGCGGAGGGAGAGACUAGAGGCAGGGUGACUCUCAACAACAAUUUACUGACUCCAGAAUUGUUCAGGCGUCAUGGUGGAUAUGUUGCCCAUAGAUGCCACUUGUUGCCCAGUCUAACUGUUCGUCAGACCCUGACCUAUGCUACAUGGCUAGCCAAUCUGAGCAACAGGGAAGCUAGAGUACGUCAAACGCUGGCUGAUUUGGCGUUGUCUCAGGUCGCGAACAGACCAGUGAACGAUUUGACCAAACCAGAAUACAGGAGGUUGAUGCUGGGCGUACAACUUGCCAAAGAUCCCACUCUACUGCUCCUAGAUGAGCCUACGUGGGACACUGAUCCCCUGAACACAUACUUAAUCGUUUCCAUGCUUUGGUCCUAUGCAACCAGAAGGGGGUCCAUCGUUGUUUUGACGAUGGAAACUCCGAGAUCUGAUGUUUUACCGUUUGUGAGUCGAGUGACCCUUCUGUGUUUGGGCGCAGUGGUCUACUCUGGACCGACCAGGAGUAUGUUGGAUUACUUUACCUACAUCGGCUUUCCCUGCCCAGAACUUGAAAACCCUUUGAUGUAUUAUUUGUGUCUAUCGACUGUCGAUCGUCGCUCCAGGGAUCGUUUUUUGGAGUCCAAUCAACAAAUAUCCGUAUUAGUUGAAAAGUUUAAGGCUGAGGGAGCUGUGUAUAUGAAGGAGGCUCCACAAGUACCACCGAAUAUCAAGGACAUGCCUCUUGGCAUCAUGCACAAAGGUUUAGGUCGUGGAAUUAAACCGGGAUGCUUUUCCACCCUUCUUGCUCUUUAUUUGCGUAGUAUGGCAGCAACUUUUGGCUUCAACAAGUCUGGUUUGGGACAUUUCACCUCUCGGCUAUUACUGUUACCAUUCUCUGUAGCCCUAAUGAGCAUUUUAUAUUCGCAUUCGACCCCGGUACAGUCUAGAAUAUUUUUACAAACUGGAGGCCUGAUGUUCAACGUGUUGACCUUGUUUUAUGUUGCUGGUAUAGCGUCGACGGCUCUCCUGUUUCCAGGUUACCGUGCGAGAUAUUAUCAAGAGAAAAGGGAAGGUCUGUACGGUGGUGCGAUGUUCCUAACCGCGUACGCGUUACUGAGUUUACCGUUGAGUUUCAUCUCGACCAUGAUAACCAUUGGAAUUCUAACACCAAUUUUGGAACUAGAUUUGUCUUCGUGGGCAUAUGCGUGCGGUGUUCUAUGGGCCAGUUACGUCGCAGCCGAGCAAGUAACCGUGGCUGUGCUGAUGGUAGUUGGUAGACCCAUAACAGGUGCAAUAACAGUGCUGUACAUGACAUUAGUAUCUCUGGUAAUCGCGUCUGGAGCUAUCAGGAGCCUGAAAGGUUUACCUUAUUGGCUUGCCGCAGCUUCCACCGCAUUACCAACAAGAUACGCUUCGUUAGCUCUAAAUCAAUUGGCCAUAGAUGUGCCUACAUUCUUGAAUUUGCAUUAUAACGAGAGCUUCGCCUGUCCUGGUGUACCUGAGCUGUGCAGGUAUCCGGACGGAAGAUCUUACUUAAUAGAACGCUUCACACGAGAAGGUGAAAAUAUUUCGGAAGUGUUGAAUGUUGACUUAAAUUUGUUAAUUUCGUUGGCGUUCGCUGUUGGUUUAAGCAUAUUGAACAGUGUUCUGUAUCUAUUACCACUUCCAGCAAGAGUGAAAGCUAAAUUUAGAGAAUGAACAGCUGUGGAAAUUAUUCUCUUCGAAAUAAACUAUAUUUUAUUUGUGUA